CCCAAACAUCUGCCUCUCCCAAGGGGGCUCUGUGACCACAUUCCCAUCUGUUCAGAUCCCACAACCCCCACCAUGGUACGAGGCCAGGUUAGAAUCCGGGAAUGUUCUUUGUGACAAAUACUCUACAAAUCCUCAAUGCACCCUGAUCUUGCCUGAUUUCACCCCCUCAGCAGGACUCCCCAUUCCCAAACCUGACCUGAUUGCCCAGCUGGAACGAGGGGAAGAGCCAUGGGUCUCAGAUCUCCAGGCCUUCGAGGAAAGGAAGAUACCAAGAGGCACCCACACAGGUGAUAGGACUGUGAGUGAGAACAGGGAGGAGAAUCCACAUCAGGAAAGUAAAGCACUGGUGAAACCACAGGGGUUGUUUUUGAGAAGAGCUAAAGGGAAUUCUUCUCAAUGCUGGGAAAAGGUCAAAACCCGGGGAAAUCAACACAAAUCAGAGAGGAACCUGGGAAACCACCCAAGGAAGAAAGUGGAUGAAUCCAUUCAAUAUGGGGUAGGAUGUAACAAUCUCAAGGAAACCACAGCCCAGCCAAAAACCCACAUGGAAGAGAGAACCUACAAGUGCUUGGACUGUGGGAAAAGUUUCAGUCGGAACUAUUCCCUUAUACUACAUCAGAGAAUUCAUACAGGAGAGAAACCCUAUAAAUGCUUGCAUUGUGGGAAAAACUUCAGUCGGAACUACACCCUUAUUCUACAUCAGAGAACCCAUAUGGGAGAAAGACCUCCUAAUCAACUUGAUGGUGGGAAAUGUGUCAAUGAGAAUUCAAACCUUAUUACUUAUCAGAAAAUCCACACAGGGGAGAGACCCCAUAAGUGCUUUGAGUGUGGGAAAUGUUUCACUGAGAAGUCAGCCCUUGUUAAACAUCAAAGAAUCCACACAGGAGAGAGAGCUCAUAAAUGCUUGCACUGUGGGAAAAGUUUCAGUCGGAAUUAUACCCUUAUUAUACAUCAGAGAAUCCAUACGGGAGAAAAACCCCAUAAAUGCUUGCACUGUGGGAAAAGUUUCAGGCGAAACUACACCCUUAUUCUACAUCAGAGACUCCAUACGGGAGAGAAACCCUAUAAAUGCUUGCACUGUGGGAAAAAUUACAAGCAGAAAUCAAGCCUUUUUUCACAUCAGAAAAUCCAUGCAGGAGAAAAACCCCAUAAAUGCUUGGACUGUGGGAAAAGCUUCAUUCACAGCUCACAGCUUAUUAGACAUGAGAGACUACACACGGGAGAGAGACCUUAUAAAUGCCUCGAAUGUGGGAAAAACUUCAGUCGGAACCAUACCCUUAUUCUACAUCAGAGAAUCCAUACAAGAGAAAGACCCCAUAAGUGCCUCAACUGUGGGAAGUGUUUCAGUCGGAAGACAAACCUUGUUACUCAUCAAAGAAUCCACACGGGAGAGAGACCCCAUAAAUGCAUCGAGUGUGGGAAAUGUUUCAAAGACAAGUCAAACCUUAUUACACAUCAGAGAAUCCAUACUGGGGGGAGACCGCAUGCGUGCCUGGACUGUGGGAAAAGCUACAGUCGGCGGUCACACCUUACUAAACAUCAGAGAAUCCACACAGGAGAGUGCCCCCAUAAAUGCUUGAGCUGUGGGGAAAGUUUCAAUCGGAACUCAAACCUUGUAACACAUCAGAGAAUCCAUAUGGGAGAGAAACCCUAUAAAUGCUUGGACUGUGGGAAAGGCUUCAGUCAGAGCUCACACCUCAUUAUGCAUCAGAGAAUCCAUACAGGGUAUAAACCCUAUAAAUGUUCUGACUGUGAGAAAACCUUCAUUCAGAGAUCACACCUGCUUAGACAUCAGAAAGUCCACAUGGGAAAGAGACAUCAUAAAUGCCCAGACUGUGGAAAAAGGUUUAGGAAGAACUCACACCUUAUCAUGCAUCAGAGACUCCACGUGGGAGAGACAUCUUGAAUGUGGGUGAUGCUUCAGUUGGGCACAUAUCGUAUCAGGCAUCAGCAAAUCCACACAGGGAAAAGUUCUUUUAAAUGUCCUUAGCAUGGAGAAAGCUGCAAUUGGGAAGGUAACUCCAUAUUGGACCUCAGAGACUCCUCUAUACAGGAGAGAAAUGCUGUCUGUGCUCUGACUAGGGCUGGUUACGGUAGUAUAUACAUCUCCAUUUCCUAAUUCCCAUACACAGUGGUGGCAUUUGGCUCCCAAGUAUCUAGCUGCCCAUCUCUGGGGGCAGGUUCCAGCAGCAGUUGACCCUGAGGUGAUCAGGGACCAUCUGGCUUUGCCUGCUCUAAGCAAACCCCAGGCAGAGGAGGAGAAGUCCCGAUCAGCCCCUCCUCUCUGCUGCAGCCCUGGGUGCUGAACUGAUGGACCUUCUUGCCUCCUGCUAACCUGCUGGGGGAAGGGAAGAGAGAAACUCCUUCAGAAGCUCCCUCUGAAGUUCCCCCCCUCCUCCCUUCCCAUCCAAGAUUAGGAGAAGUAUACUUGGGCCAGGCCCCACCUUCACUCCACACACUUGUCCCCAUCCUGCGUCUUCCACCAGUUUCUGGGCUCAGCUCAGCUCCCAAACUUAUCCUGCAGGGAACAGUUCCAGAUAAGUGUCCUAGGGUGCUGGGAAUCAGAUGUCAAGUGACCGGGAGGGGGUUUUGCCAGGGAUCUGGGGGAUUUAAUGUUUUGGGCUGGUGGAGAAGGGAAUCAAAUGGAGCUCAGGUGAUCAAGAUAUUGGUCAUCAUGGAAUGAGAAGAGAGGGAGUGUGCAGGGUUAGGGAGGUUCUGCCCUCUAUCAUUCACCUCCUCUGCCCCUUUUCCCUGCCACCUCUACAUUCAGAAGGCAACACUGAGAGGGACUAAUUUCCACAGGGCCUUUUUUGGGAGGCCUAGAAAUUCAACCUCAGCAGGAGGUUUUUCUAGCCUAAGAAAGUGAUCAGGAGUAGCAACCAGAAUGAUCGUGGCCUGUUUUGUAAAGGACUUGGAGGUCUACUGAUGAAAAGUUCUAUCCAAGCAUUAGAUAUUAUUUUUUAUUUAUGUUGGGCCAAGCAAAAUGAGACCUGACACUCAACUCCAUGGUGUUUGUUUGCAUGUAAUGCAAUUACUUUGAAUGCUGCAACUGAUCAAUUCAGACAUUUCAAACAUCUGGGCUCCCUAUGCAAUGCAUGGGGAAAGAUAGGCACCUUAGGAUAGGAGCCACAAAAGUCAGUACACUAGGUGGGAAGUCACCUAAGCUGGCCAGUGGGACAUGCCAAUGAGAGAGUUCUACCCUAAAUCAGUCCCUCUGACAGAGUUAGGUACCAAAGUCUGGGCAGCUGGGAGAUGCCCAUCUCUGCUUGGGAUGUAUGACCAGGAACCCUGCUCCUGGACUAAGGCAACUUACGCUGCAAGCAAUUGGUUUAUCACCAGGACCCUCCCCAAGCAGGCGAGGGUGGAGAGGUCAGAGCGAUCUCUGGGGUCAUGCAGUCCUGGCAGCAGGACGGGAAUUGCUCUCACUGCAGUAACUCUUUGUUGUUGUGGGUGGAAUCCACAUUCCUUGCAAGAUAUCAGAGCCCAGGCUGCAGAUGGGAGAGGUUAGUAUCUCCCCAAGGGACC